AUGGCAAGAAGAAUAAUAAAUCCAGUUUCAGAAAAAAGAAGAGAACUUACGAUUAACUGCAAGGAGAUGGUAAAGGAUGAACUGUUUGACAUGGAAGAAUGCGCAAAUUUCAUUGAAGUAAACAACAAGCUCACCAAGCACAAUCCAGAAACCCUUCCAGGUGGUCCAAUGAAUGUUCUUCUUAAAAAGUCCGAGAACAAGAUAGUCUUAGACAUGGGUGUAGAUGUAAGAAAGUUCUAUGUUAAACAGAUCUUAAAGAAAUACCUCCAUAAAAAGGGAUUAAAUGACUGGAUCCACAUUAAAAUAGAUUCCGUAUCUGGUGAAUAUGGCCUUCAUUACUAUAACUUAAAUGACGAAUAA